AUUUUAGGAUUGAAGGAAAGACGCAAAAAAUCUCCUUUCCUUCUUCAUACCAAAGCUACAAAUCCGCCUACACCCCUGUUCGUCGCGGCACAAGUUCGCACUCGCCACCAAACCUCUCACUCAUGGCCACCAGCACCGCCCCUCGGCCGCCGCCGAAGCUCUACGAUCUGGAUGUAACAGUCGUCUCCGCUAAACACCUGAAGAACGUCAACUGGAGGAAUGGCGAUCUCAAACCCUACGUGAUCCUGUGGGUCGAACCGGAACGACGCCAGGCCACGAAGCCGGACGAUUCGGGUUCGACCCGACCCGUAUGGAACGAAAGGUUCGUUUUGCCGCUCACCCUUCACCCCAGAGACUCCAUCCUCACACUGGAAAUCUUCCACUCCAAACCCUCGGAGACUCCGAAACCCUUGGUCGGUGCCCUCCGAUUCGAGCUUGGAGAUCUCUUGGUUGGCUCCGACGAGUCGGCGGUCCGACUCAGGACGUUUGAGCUGCAGCGCCCCUCCGGCCGUCCCCAGGGCAAGAUCCGCCUCAAGCUCUGCUUGAUCGAACGCCCUGUGGAGAAUUACCAUACUACCCCUCCUUCGGGCUAUUACUACUCAUCUGCCCCUCCAGUGGCUAUGCCGUACAGAGGAUACACUCCUUCGCCAUAUACUUCGCCGCCGCCGCCGCCGUCGUCAUCUUUGUCUCCACCUCCACCUCCGCCUCCGCAACCCUAUUACUCGUACUCCGAUCCGCACUCAGGGUACUAUUCAUCUUAUUACUCGCCCCCACCUCCUCACCGGCCCUUUUUCGAAAGGCAGUCAAGCUAUGGUGGGCCAGGACCAAGUGCUCCCGUAGAUUACACUUCUUAUGAUUACCAAAAGCGAAGUAGCGGGAAGUCUGGAAUGGGAAUGGGAAUAGGAACGGGCUUGGCAGUGGGAGCAGUGGCAGGAGCAAUGGGAGGGCUGACAUUGGAAGAUGGCAUUAAGUAUGAGGAAGAGAAGAUUGCUGACAGAGUGGAGAAUGAUUUGGCUUCUACUGCAAGGGAUGAUCGAUACAGUGAAUAUCGAAGUGAUUAUUGAUGUAAGCUUUGAUUAAUUCUAACUUGUUUGCUCUAGAAUGUGGUUGUGUUGAAGUAUGUAUAUAAAGUUUCUUGUCUUUCUGCUGAAUUUCGUUUUAAUAUAUGUAUUGAUUCAUGUAUAUGAAUUUCUAUGUUGCAAGGAGUAAACUUUAUUCUACUUAAUUGCCUUGCAUUUCUGAAA